AGACCACGAACUCUACUGCGCGAACGUCAUAUUUUACAACUGCAUGUUCUUCGCAUUCAUAAAUGAACUUGACGUAAACGUCGAAUUCCUAUUUCGUUUAUGACAUCAUAUCAUUUAUUUUUAUCAAGUAUUAAUCCUUGUUUAUUACUGUAAGCGGAUUUUUUAUGACCGUAAAAUUACAAAUAUACCGCUGUCAAAAUUGCUGGUAAUCUUAUUUCAGAUAAUGACUAAAAGGAACAUAACCAGCCCUUUCAGGUUUAAAUCAUUGCUAGAACUACAAAAGCACCGGGCAAAGGUAACAUUAUGGAAGAAACUUUGUUUGUGUUUUCAAAGGGAAAUGAAAAAGGCGCAUUUAAAUCUAAAAUUUCUCACACGAGAGCGACGAUUUAUCAGAAAAUUACGCCAGCUGCAAAAGCAUCAAAGGCAGAUGUUUUUAAAAUUAACUCGUGAGAAAUUACGAGAACUGAAACGUAAAUCAACUCGGAGUAAAGCUGUUCGUAAAAUUGAUAACACAAAUCUACGAAAGAAAAUUUUAUUGAAACAAUCAUACAAAAAGUAUAAAGCCACCAAAUUUAGUGAUUGUCCGAUUGAUUUGGAAAUAUCCUAACUUUCGACUUGCAAACGUUUUGUGAACUUAAGAAAUAAAAGAGGCGAUACAAUACAAAACAAAUUAAUAUAUAGUAAUGUGUGAAAAUAUAUUCACACAAUAUAUGUUCGCACAAAUUUAUAUUGGACAAAUGCAUGAGCAAAAACCACUUAUGAUUUCAUGUAAAAUACAAUAACCAAAUAUAUAUAUAAAACAAAAGACACUAAGUCACUAAAACAGUGUAUUUUAUGCAAGAGUUUUAUAUUCAUUUGAUAUGUGUUAAUGGCCUAAAAUGUAAUUUCCUCACUCGGUGCCAAUAAUGGUGUAAGAAGAAACACUAAAUUCGUAGUAACUCUUAAACCGACGUUAAUGUGUCUAUAAGACAAAGUCUGUAACCAAUAUUCAUAUAAUUCUGUUCGGAAAAACAAUUUUAAAAACACUUUUCCGUGAGAAAAACUUGUUAGAUCAAGUCUUUUUCAUUGGUAUCAAUGAUUUAAAAAUAUUCUUACACAUUUCGUAGAUUUUAUCGAAUAACUAUUCUACCUUAUUCGCUAAUAAAAAAUGCAAUCUCAUUUUUUCUUAAA